AUGCUCGGAAAUUUCAGCAGCAGUCCCCUUUUUCGUGUCGCCCUAGUCGUGCCCGGCCUAUUUGGCCAUGUAUUUAUAGCCUGCCUCAUCAAUAGACAAAGGAAAAACCCCGCAGCCAGAAACGCCAGCCGGCCCGACGCCCGGUGCUCCCGACUCCUCUCCGCGCGGCGCGACCAGGCGCGAGGCGGAAUCCGACUCUCCCCAGGUCGGCCGGCCGGCCGGCCCCAGACACCUGACGACCGACGCCGACGGAGGAAGACCACCGGCGGCCGUCCAUACUCCGUGCCGCCUCCGCAAGUCUCCGUCUCUUCGUUCUGCAGUCCGCAGUCCGCCCCCCGCCCCCGCCACCCGGCGGCCGUCCAUUGUUGCAGCAUGUCUGGAGAUUCAGAGCGCAGAGCUGCUUCCAUGACGCACACGCCAUCUCCUAUUUCUAUGUCUUCUGGAGAUGUUCAUUCAUUGUUGUCGUCGCAACCGCUCCAUGCCAUUGAUGUGGGUGUCCAACCCCAACACCAAGAGUCAGGAGAAUCAGAAUCCGAAUUGGAUAUUAGCCCUCCUCGCAUCACCAUCCUCCCUGUUCCAGAGGAGGAACCUGACUCUCCUACUUAUCUAACUGGUCCUACCUCACCUGGUUCACCACGUGCAACUUCUGUCAGAGUGAAUGCUUCAGAGUCACCCAAAGACUCUCCAAAUGAUGAUGAGGAUGAAUACUUCAAUUAUCUAGUUGACAAAUCCGUCUCUGUAGCUGCAAAUGUUUGCAGUUCUACAUCGUCAGAUGAUGAACCGGACUACAAGGAAGAACAAUAUGCUCUGUGUGCAAAAAGAACCCUAGAGUAUUACAACAAUGAUGACAACAACAAGGUGUUUGCAUCAUUUAAAUUUAAUGUAUGAUAUUAUCAAAAGUGAAUAGGGAUAGAAAGUUUGGUUCUGCAGGUUGUGUUGUAAAUUAGGCUAGCUCUGUCUUUUGAUUGCUUAUCAUUAGCAUGUAUUGAUACCAUGCUAAAGUUCUGAUUUUCCAUAACUGGGCUAACUCUAGAGGGUUAGGAAUAAUGGGCCUAGCCUCAUGGGCCUAAUACUCAUAUACUCUAACACACUCAUCCUUUUGACCAUGCCUUCCUUGUCAAUAGGAUAUAGCCUGAUGUUGUUGCGGCCCAUAUUGCCUAGUAGUUGAGAAUUGGUAGCAUGGGUGGUAUGGCCCUUAGUUGGUUAGAGUAAGGGUCUGUUUGGAUCCAUUUGCACUAAAAAUUAGCUAGCUAAUAAUGUAGUUGUUAUUUUUUGUUAGCCAAUUUUUAUUAGGGGGUCAUUUGGAUCCACAUGCUAAUAAGUGGUUGGAUAUCAGGUUCCACAUGCUAAUAAGUGGUUGGAUAUCGGGUUGAAGGUACAUAUAAACUAUUAGCACUUGUUAGCAACUCCAAACCUGCUAAUGGAACUAAUAAUUUACUGCUCCCUAGCUAAUAAUGAGCAGGUUUAGUAGGUCUGUUUUUAACUGCUAAUUUUUUUAGUGCUAAUGGAUUCAAACAGGCCCUAACAUGUAUUUGUAGUCUGACAUGUAUGUAUUUGUAUGGGGAGCAAAAGGCCAGCUCACUUCUUGUUCAACAUCAGUAGCAUCGAGUGUUUGUACUCUCUCUUUCUCUAUCCAGUUAUGUGUGCACGCGCGUGCUUGUGGUGAGGGAAAGCACCUGCUGGGAGCGUGCUGCCUGGGUUCUGUGGUCAGCAAUUAGAGAAGAGUUACAAGAAAGCUAAAAAGGCCAGAUUUAUAAGUGACUCUUAUAAGUGACUCUUAUUUCUCUUAUGUCAUUAUAGGAUUUUUGAACUAGACCUUGGGACUUUUUUUUAAUUAAAGAAAUAACUUGACCUUGGGUUGUGGUUACAACUUCGGUAGAAAUGAUGGGUGGUAUUGGAUAAUAAGGGACACUUGGGAUGUGAAACUUUUUUUUGUGGCAGCUAAGAUGGCAAGCUGGCACAAAGUUAAAAACAUUCCUUAGUUUUGAAAUUUCCAUUCAAUUAAAUAAGUAAUCGAUUAUCAUUUGGUCGCAGAAACAUACUAAACAUGAGCAUGGACAAUUAUCUCACUACUUAAAAAAUUGAUGCGGUCUUACCAGAGUUCUGCACCACGUAUUUCUAGAGAACUUAUUAUGUGCCUUUUGUAGUAUUCUAGCUCAAAGCUUAGUCAGACAAGAUAACAUUUGUAUGUGCCUAGCAAUCUUGGUAAAUAUGGAAUCACAAAUACAUAGCACAUAUUUGUUCACAAGCUGCUUACACUCAACUCAUAAGUCAUAACUUAAUGUA